AGUGAACAUUUUCGCCGACUAAUAAUGGAUGUGAACCAGUUGGAACAUUUAAUGCGUAACUUAGCCAUUAAGGAAACCCGCACCAACAGUUUGGACGUGCUGGAAAGCAAGCUAGCCGAUGUGGAUCAGGAAAUAUACGAGGUGAUGCUAUGCUCCGAGGGUCUGUUCAAGUUUCUGGCCGAUGCAAACAGUGACCAACACACAACAGCGUCGCGCAUCAUCUACGACAAAGCGCUUGAGUUUUUUCCGAACGGAUCGUCCGUGAUCGAUCAGUUCAUCGAACGAUGUCUGACCCAUCCAAAAAACACGGUGAAGCAGUUCGGUUUGCGUGGUGCUGCCGCUAUGGUGUACCAUUCGGGGGCUAUUUCGCCCAACAACGUGCAGCUCAUCAUUCUACACUGUCUCCCGAUGAAGGAGGUGUACGUGAACACGUUGCUCACGGUGUUGGUAAAAACGUUGCCACCCAUUUUCACCGAACCGACAGUUCAGAAGAAUUUAUUGUCGGUGUUGGAAUUUGACGAAACGGUUCGAUGCCGCGUGUAUGAGAUAGUGUGCACCAUUCUGGAGCAGCGUCCGGAAUAUUUACAGAUAGCGGAUCCGAUUAUUAAACGCGCAUUGAUCGAUUUGGAAAAGGAUGAUGUGCUGCUGCAGACGAGCGUUUUGCAGAUUCUGACCCAGCUGCUAGCCACCAAGGAAGGUUACGAUUACGUCGAGGCGUGCGAUCUGUUCCGGAAGGUGUGUACCGACUUCAUCCCGGACAAAGUAACACCGUACGUACGGUUCGUGCUGCCAAAUGCGCUGAAGUUCCUGGCUAGUGCGGCACUGAUCCAGCCGGACUUGUUUCUUGCCCGCCAUUCGGGAUGGGUCACAUUUAUGUUCGACAUGAUCUCGCCUGAAGAUCCAAUGCUGAUGGCCAUCGCGUACGACUGUAUAGGCAUGGUUGGUUCGUCAAACGAAGGAAAAGUAUUCCUAAACUAUCAGACGCUCAAAAUGGAAAAGUUUCUGAAGGAGUUCCCGGGCGUGCUGCACUCAACGCUGGAAGCUUACAAGGUCCGGUUGAUCGAAUGCCUGACCAACUUACUGUCGGGAGGUAGCCAACCGAUUGAUAACAUGAUCUCAACCAUUACCCAGGAAUGGUACGAAACCAUGACGGAGAGCAAUCAUCUCGAUCUGGUGCAGGAACUGUUUAAGGUCCCAUUCCCCAACAUAAAGAUGGCCGCAUUGAAGCUGCUCUCGGUCAUAGUCGAUCAUCGCUGGGGACAGCUGUUUUUCCAGAACACUGCUUGCUUUACUGAGCUGCUGUUAAACCGUCGGAUGGACAACGACGUGAAUGUGGCACAGUUUAAGUACGAUGUUAUAAAGAAGCUGUCCCAAUGUACGAUACUGGACAGCUAUGUGGGUAACUCACUGAAGCAGUACGUGUCCGAGGGUGCAUUUUAUCGUAAGGCGGUUGUGGAGGUGGCGAUCGAGGGCGAUCAGUAG